CCGGGGCGGAGGGAGGAGUGGCUGACAGUUGGCGCGACCAGGAGGGCGGGCAGGCUGCUCGUGGGGGUGCGUGCCGGCAGGGCCAGGCUCAAAAUGUAAAGCCGCUGAGAGGUACAUAUUCUCAGUUCCUGGCACAGAGUAAACACUCCCAAGGACCUGCUCCAUGGGCUUCGGAAUCAGAGAGAACUUGCUUUGGAAUCUCAGAAAGGCUCCAGGAAGCAGGGUCACGGCCAGGGAGACGAUGGUCUCGGUGACUAUGGCCACUUCCGAGUGGAUCCAGUUCUUCAAGGAAGCCGGCAUUCCCCCAGGACCUGCUGUGAAUUAUGCUGUGAUGUUUGUGGACAAUCGGAUCCAGAAGAGCAUGUUGCUAGAUCUCAAUAAGGAAAUCAUGAACGAGCUGGGCGUGACUGUAGUGGGUGACAUCAUUGCCAUCCUCAAGCAUGCCAAGGUGGUACACCGCCAGGACAUGUGCAAAGCUGCCACUGAGUCAGUGCCCUGCAGCCCCAGUCCCCUCCAGGGUGAGCUUCGCCGUGGCGCCUCUAGUGCGGCUUCUCGAAUGAUCACCAACAGCUUGAACCAUGACUCUCCACCUCACACUCCCCCAAGGCGGUCGGACACCAGCACUUCCAAGAUCUCCGUCACUGUCUCCAACAAGAUGGCAGCGAAGGGUGCCAAGGCUGCCGCUCUGGCCCGCAGGGACGAGGAGAGCCUGGUGGUUCCUACCAAGCGGCGGCGGGUGACUGCUGAGAUGGAGGGGAAGUACAUCAUCCACAUGCCGAAGGGGACCACCCCCCGCACCCGCAAGAUCCUGGAGCAGCAGCAGGCAGCAAAAGGUCUCCAUAGAACAUCUGUAUUUGAUCGCCUUGGGGCUGAGACCAAAGCAGACACGACGACAGGGACUAAGCCCACAGGAGUUUUCAGCCGCUUAGGGGCCACCCCAGAGAUGGAUGAGGAUUUGGCCUGGGACAGUGACAAUGACAGCAGCAGCUCUGUCCUGCAGUAUGCUGGGGUCCUAAAGAAGCUAGGACGGGGCCCCACCAAGACCAGUCCCCAGCCAGCACUGACUGUCAAAGCCAAGGCCACAAGCUCUGCAACCACGACAGCUCCAAGGCUGCGGCGCCCGGCACUUCCCUCUCGCCCUGGGCCAGAGAAGAAGCCAGAGUCCCUGCCCAAAGUCAGUGUCCUCCAGAGACUGGGCAAGGCUGCCGUUGUGUCUGAGGCCCAGGACAGCCAGGUCACAAGCACCAAGAGUAAGUCCUCAGCUGAGGUCAAGUUCGCCGUUAAGAGGACUCUGGUAGGGCCCCGGGGGAGCAGCUCCAUUGAGAGCCUUGGUGCCCAGAUGGACCAUGCAGGCACUGUGAGCGUGUUCAAAAGACUGGGCCGGAGGACUCUCUAGUCGGCACAUGGGGUGGGGUGCAGCAUGGAAUGGCAGGCAGGUUCCUGCUUCCAUCCCUCCCUCCCAGCUCUCGGUGACACAAGGCUUGGCUCUCCAGCAUUCAUGCGGGUUCCAAGCACUUGGUACACAGGCCUUUUCCUGGCCUUGGAUGUUCCUGUGGCCUGCCCUUGCCUGCUCCGGGACUCUCCCGGCCUGCCCUCUGUCCUCUGUGCGCUAACUGUGGCCUUGGUAGAUCCCUUUCUACCUCUUCCCAAAGCCAAGUGCCCUGCCCCUGCCGCGCAGCCCACCCCUCACUGGGGCGCCCCCCCUGUCCUGGCUGCCCCAUCACAGGCUGCCCCACCCCCUGACUUCCCUUGCUCUUCUCCCCUCCCCCUGCUGUGGUGUCUCUCUUCUCUUCACUCUUUUCAUUUCUCUUCUGUUUUCUGUCCCUGUGGCAAGGCCCGACCGUCCGCUGCAUCCUGCCUGACCCUCCUGCACCUCUGACCUCCCAGCGGCCCCCUCGUCGACGGUGGCGUCGAACCUGUAAAGACU